GACAGGACGGAGCAGCCUGACCAACUCUGGGGGACUUUACAUUACGUCAGACGAGGGCCCCCGGAAUGAGCAGAACAAUAUUUUUUGAGGUCGAAAUACUGGACUCAAAAACUAAAGAACAGCUCUGUUUUAUUGACAAGGUUGAACCCCAUUCAAGCGUAGGUGACAUUAAGAGUUUGUUUCAUAAGUCAUAUCCCAAAUGGUACCCAGCUAGACAAGCCCUGAGGCUGGACCCCAAAGGAAAGGCAUUGAGAAAUGAUGACCUGCUACAGAAUCUGCCGGUCGGGACCUCAGCGAUCUUGUAUUUCAGAGACCUUGGCCCACAACUGGGAUGGACGAUGGUUUUUCUGGCGGAGUACAUAGGUCCUCUUCUGAUAUAUCUCCUCUUCUAUUUCCGCGUCCCAUACGUCUAUAACCACAAAUACACCCUCACCUCCAGCUCUCAUCAUGUGGUCAAUCUGGCUUGUGCUUGUCACUCUUUCCACUAUAUCAAGAGGCUAUUUGAAACAAUCUUUGUGCAUCGGUUUUCUAAUGGCACGAUGCCUCUGAGAGCCAUUGUAAGGAAUUGUGCAUAUUAUUGGGGUUUUGCAGCAUGGUUAGCAUACUACAUCAACCAUCCUCUCUACACACCACCAUCAUAUGGAAAGACACAAGUCAAAUAUGCACUAAUUAUCUUUGUGUUUUGUGAGGCAGGUAAUUUUUCAAUCCACUGGUCACUGAACAGUUUUAAAUGUGAAGGUGCAAAAUGUCGUAGGUACCCAAAUCCAUCUAAAAACCCUUUUACGUGGCUUUUCUUCUUUGUUUCAUGUCCCAACUACACAUAUGAGGUGGGUGCUUGGGUGGGCCUGUCCAUCAUGACCCAGUGUGUGCCAGUGGCUCUCUUCACAUUUGUAGGUUUCAUUCAAAUGACCAUCUGGGCCAAAGGAAAACACAAAACUUACACCCGGGAGUUUAAGGACUACCCAAACCUCCGCAUGCCAAUCCUCCCUUUCAUCCUCUGACAUUCACAUAAACCAACUUCAGGUCAAAAUCCAGAGAUAUUAUGAUUUCAGCUGAGAGAACUAGGAAACAUCUGAACAGCUGCAUGUAAAUAUAGCCGAUUUAUGGCCCCAUCUGGGAACCAUUAGGAAGUUAAAUCCACUUUUCAACAAUAUCUGACGGUUAUCAUGUAAGAUGAUGUUCGAACAUUGUUGUAUUUACAAUGGUAUGCCACUUGAGAUUUUAAAUAAGCAGAUUUGUAAGAAUUUGUGUUGACAAAAUAUUUUUUUAAUAAUUUCCAUAACUAUCCAUGUGCAAUAUACAGUACUCUACCUCUGUAAACCAACUACUUCAGCAUGAAAGAAAAGUUUUUUCUUAAACAGGAAAACACUGAGUUACAUUAAUUGGCUACAACAUUUAUAAAAAAAUAUAUAUAUUUAUAUGAAAAUACUGAACUUUUGGUGUCAAAUUUAAAUAAUUUGUUUUAACUAAAAUCUCAUUAACAGGUUCAAAUAAUAAAAAAAGUGAUACUAUUUAAUAAAUAUCUCCAGAUUUUAUUUAUGGCGAGGUUAUUGCAUUCCCUCUUGACAAAGUGACAGUGAGCAAGAACAUUUUUAAUAGUAUUUUUUUGGAGUAUCUUUACAGGCAAGCAAGAAAUAAAGAAAAAACUAAAGCAAAAUCAACUUUUAAUUACAACUUAAAGUGUUGUUUGUAUGCUACACUUUUCUAACUUGGCAAGAGUUAUUAAAACAUUGACUUGCAAUGCAUCACAAUGCAAUAUGAAAACAAAAUUAUUGGUAAAAAAGUGACAUUGACAUAAUAAAGUGCUACAGUAUUCAUAACUCA